AGGUGCAGCGCCCUGCAGAGUAAAAAGUGAUCGCAGAAGAAAGAAGAAAACGAUCCUCGACAUCUGCUGCUGCGUGACUUCACCUGUGGUUCUACCUGUAACCUCCAAAGUCUUCUCAAAAUGGCCGUGAUGCUGAAACCAUGGACAGUGCUGGUGGCCGUGGUGCUGUGUGUGCUGGUGUGUCUGGCAACGCUGGCGGACGCCUACCCCCCCAAACCUGAGAACCCUGGAGAUGACGCCCCACCCGAAGAGCUGGCCAAGUACUACACCGCCCUGAGACAUUACAUCAAUCUGAUCACCAGGCAGAGGUAUGGAAAGCGUUCCACUCAGGAGGAUGUGGUUGCAGAGCUGCUGUUUGGUGCCGACAGCAACAGAGACCAGAGAUCAAGAUACGACGACUCCUACGUGUGGUGACUCCGCCGCCCCUCUCUCUCCUCAUCGGGCAUUCCCUCCGGGUGCAUCCCACAAUGCACCUGGAGGGGGCGACACGUGCCUCUUACUUCUGACUUCUGACCCCUGAACCCGAGUCCAACCGAAGACCAUCACUGACCGGCGCUCUCUCUGUCUCUCUCGUCAUUGUUUCACACCUCCCUCAUUACAACAAAAUUGUACAUAAUUUAUUAUUGAAAAAAAAAAAAUCUAUAUAUGAGAUCAGAGCUACUAAUCAGAAGGUGGAACUGUGUCUGUGUGUGUGUAUGUGUGUGUGUGUGUGUAUGUGAGCAUUAACGUCCCUCUACUGACCAACACUGUUUAGAGGAGACAUUUCUUGUUUUACUGUUGCAACUGUAAGAAGUAGAAUAAAUGAU